GCGUUGGUCUAGUAUAAGGUAUAUGUGCUGCUAGAGUAUUCUAGAAUAUAUAGGGCUGCGCGGCUUUGAAAACAGUAAUCGCGUAGUUUGUGCCCUGUCGUGAAAUACGGCUCCACCGAGAGAUCCCUGUUACGGAGAGAACUUUCUGACGGGUGUUUGCCAUGGAGUGUUUGUUGUCGAGGACGCAUGUUAUAGCGGCGACAUUCUGGGGCAACGUCUUACUCGUAGGAGAAGGUGACCGAGUAUACGCCUACUGCCUGGAGACGUUGAACCAGGUGGGAUGCCAGACAGCAUUCACCACCAGUAAUGUGCAUGGCAUACGUAUCGUGGGCAAGUCGGUUCCAACAUGUGCCGUGUUUGGCUCUCGUUUCCUGACUGUCAUGACUGCUGAGGUGUCGCCUUCAUCAUCUGUGAUGUUCAAGGUUAUUCUGCAGCCUGUCAUGUUUGACGAUUGGAUCUGGGAUGUAGCGUGGUUGCAACCAGAAAUGGGUCCGCUGGUUCCUGGCACCAAUUUCAGGACGCUGGCCCUCUGCCUUGGCCACAACCGCGUAGCCCACUGGGACUGGCAAGCCAAGCAGGUGCUUGCGCUCACCUCCUGCAGCGACUACUGUCUACUAUACACUGCACAACUAGUGGGUGUUUCCUGGAAGCAACUGAUUGCUGUGGUGGGCACAGUCUACAAAGAAGUGCUUCUUUGGGUGCCAUCUCAAGUUUCUCCUGCACCUGUUCUUCACAGGCUCACUGGUCACCAAGGUGUGAUCUUCUCGGUCAGCUUUCAUGUGCCACAGCGGCUACUAUGCUCCACAUCAGAUGAUCGGUCACUGCGUGUCUACCGUUUCCAUGAGGCUGGUCCAAGUAACACUUUACCUGAACGAGCCGGCACCAGCAGUGCCACCACACACUCGGGAACUGCCUCCCUGCUGCCCUUUGGGCCAGCUCAGUUGGCCAGUGGGUGGUUCAGUUCAGUGCACGCACUCUAUGGCCACGAGUCGCGGGUGUGGCGAGCCGCCAUACUGCACAACUGCUAUAUCAGCGUUGGUGAGGAUGGUCAUAUCUGCUUCUGGGGCUUGCCAGGAAACCUCAUCAACAGAAUGACAGCACCAGGGGGUGGCAGCAUUUGGUGCCUCGCUGUCAAUGAAGAGGAGACACUGGCGGUAACAGGGAGCAGUGGAUCGGCGCUGAGCCUGUGGCACGUUCCAGAGGGGAUUUCUCAGUCAAACAAGACCACUUGGAUUGAGGCAUUCAAGGAUGGCGGAGACUUUCCACGUAAUCUUGCCAUUCUCAACACCUGUGGAACCCUGUCCCUCAUUGUGUCUACCAAUGAAGGGAGGCUACUUCGAUGGUCCUUGGGUGGACCUGCAGGUGGCAAGCGGGAAGAGCUGUUUCGGCGGGACUACCUUGCAUCGUACAAUGUGUUGGCUGUCUCUCCGAGCCGCAGUUAUUUUGCCCUUGGAGGAAUCAAAGGGCACGUGGCCAUCAUCCGGUGUGGACCUGGUCAAGCUGUGACUUUGUGCUCUGAGUGGCAGCUUCAUGAGGGCCGAGUACACAGUAUUCGAUGGGUUUCUGAUGAUCCACCGGCCUACCUGAGUAGUGGGCCAAACGGAGUCAUGGUUUUGUCACGAGUCCCUGAAGAAGUUUCUGGAGAGGACCCAGAAAGCGUAGACCUAUAUGCCACGUGUGCACUCCCACGUGGCAGACAGCGCUGGGCAACUGCGGCUCUUUACUGCUCCACCAUGGAGGCCCUGUAUGUCGGAGACCGCUGUGGAUCAAUCCAUGGUUUCUACAUUGACGAGGAUGAGGAGCUCAUUGAGCCCUUCCGGACGUACGUGGGCAUCCAUGGCAACAAUGGUGUCACGGAUAUUCAGCAACAGAGCGAGACACUGGUGACUGCAGGACGUGAUGGGCGAGUGCUGCUUUACUCCCUCAAAAAUCGAGACCUGCAUUACCUACGUGUCUUUUGGAGCUCGACAACACUUGAGUGGAUUGGCCACGUGAUCCUCCAGAGCAAUGGCCUCCUGCUGUGCGGAUACCACAUGAGCGAUUUUGUGCUGUGGAGCACGUGGCAGCAGCGGGCGGUGUUCCAGCUGAACUGUGGUGGUGGUCACCGAUCCUGGGACUUCGCUAUAAAUGCCCAUGAAGGCCUCUUUGCUUGCCUGAAGACGGGCCGCAUCAUGGUUCAGCGCUGUAGUCUCAAGGAAGUGCUGCAUCUAUCGUGCAUACGGGCACCUCUGCACAAGAAAAAGAUUGCAGCCAUCUGUCUUCUGUUUACAGAGGAGAAUGCUUCUGGGGUUUCCCAGAGCUACAUUGCCACAGCUGGUGAAGACAAUAUCAUCACUAUAUCACAGCUAUAUCAAGAGCACACACAUUUAGUGCAGCGUGUAGCAUGCCGUCUGUAUGGCCACAUCUCGUCAGUCAAGGCACUGGCUUGCUGCCGUCCCUCAAAUCUUCCUGGUCAAGAGGAAAGGCUACUCGCCUCAGUGGGAGGUCGUGCUCAGCUGUGCCUCUGGCGAAUCAGUGCCUCAAGGCAGUGCAGCCUGACAAGUGAAGAACUGCAUGACCACCGCCUGUGGUCUCUGGACCGACCGCAGCGCAAUGCCUACCACUUUCCAUCUGCAGAUCCCCUUGCUAGAUACUUAGAUGUCUGCAUCUGGGAACAUGGGUCCUCGGAAUUCCGUGUAGCUACGGCUGCAUCUGAUGCCCUAAUACGACUGUUUCGAUACCACUGGGCGGGUCCUCUUGACAUCCUGAUGGUUAUUCCAGCCGGUCAGCACUGCCUGUUUCGUGUUAUACGCAUCCCACUGCCACAGUCAAUAAAUCAGCAGCUCACACAGCUUCAGCGUCAGCAGCUACAACAAUCAUCUCUGCUCCUGUCAUCUGGCAACGACGGGCUGCUUCGUUUCUGGAAGCUGGAAAGCUCGAAGUGCGACCUGAUAGGUGUUUUUCGUCGUCACCAGUCUGGCAUAAAUGCCCUCGAUGUGUAUGCUAUGCAAGACAGGAUGCUCCUCGUAGUGACAGGUGGGGAUGACAACGCGCUGAUUCUCACCAACUACCUCAUUACUGAGGAGAGCUCGGUGGUCGUUCUGGAGGAGCAGAUUUUAAACAGUGCACACUCUACUCAAAUCACCGUAUUGUUAACGCAGGCACAAAGUUUUUGGCGCCAAGAGGGAACUGGCUUGUGUCAACUGGUGUUGACCAGCGGCUUCGUCUCUGGCAACGCGUUGCUGGCUCCUUGCAAGAGCACUGCAGCCGAUUCUCCUGUAUCCCUGAUAUUGCUGCCUUCACAUCGUGGAGAAAAAACAACGAGGAUGUCGUGAUGGUGGUGGGAGGGGAGGGUUUGGACGUGACCCUGUUUGCUGCCAAGGUCGAGGAGGCCAUGAUCAGCCAGACGGGCUAUUACUUGGCCUAGCACAUGACCCAGCUCAUUUUUUAGCUGUAAAGUUGGUAUUUUUAUACAAGCAGAUCAUGUACCAGAAUAGAAAGUUGGGCGAGUUGGUGUGUAUUCAUAUUAAAAGAAAAGCGGCGCACAAAAA